UUUAUACACGAAAAGUAUCCGUUCGAAAACUAUUUCAGCAAGCGUGCACACAUUUUUUUGUGUUUUGACAUUUUUUUUUUCAAAAUUCAUUUGUUUGAUAAUUUGCAGAGUUUUUUAGCCAAACAUUGAUAAUAAUGUCGGAUAAUGAAGAAACAAUGAUCGGAUCAAUGGAAGAAGAAGCAUUAAAACGAAAACAACGUCUUGAUGAAUUAAGAAAUAAACGAAAAUUGAAUAAUUCAUUCGAUUCGAAUGAAACGAAAAAUUCGAUUCAAUUGCCAAAACCGAAAUUUCGUAAUUAUAAUCCAUCGGAUAAAAGUCUACAGGAAAAUUCAUUGCCAAAAGCAAGACCUGAAAUGGUCAAAGAUCAAUUGACAGAUGAAUUGGAAAUUGCUAAAUCAAAUAAUGCACUUGUCGAUGAUAUUGAUCUAACAAAAUUGGCACCGAAAAAAGUUGAUUGGGAUCUGAAAAGAAAUAUAGCUAAAAAAAUGGAUAAAUUGGAAAGAAAAACACAGAUUGCUAUUGCUGAAUUAAUCAGAAUACGAUUAAAAUCUAGCAAAAUUGAAGAUCUUGAUCAAGCAACCGAAGAUUUAGAAUCAGCUAAUCGAAACAUUGAUCUAGCCGAUGAUGAUAUUGAUGAUUAAUCAUUUUUUUCGCUCAUUAUUAUUAAACAUAAUUCAUUCAAUCAAUCAUUUAU